AUGGCAUCUCAGUCCUUCAACUCCGUCGCCGUUGCCCUCCUCGUGGCGCUCUUCUUCGCCGUCUCCACUGCUCAAGAUCUGUCUCCGGCGCCGGCUCCUGGACCCGAUGCCGGAGCAGCCGGAUCCGUGUCUAGUUCCAUGGCCGUCAUUGCAGCUUCGAUUGUGGUUUCAAUGUUCGCCGGGGAAUGCACCCUCAUGGCAUCUCAAGCGUUCAUUGUAAAAUCCUUUCUCUUCGCUCUCCUUGCAGCACUUUUCUUCGCCGUCGCUACCGCUCAAGCUCUAUCUCCAACAUCGGCGCCGGCAUCGGGACCUGAUGCCGGAGUUGCUGGAUCAGUUUCUUGCUCAUUGGCCGUAAUUGGAGCUUCCAUUGUGACUUCAAUGUUGGCCUUAUUCAAACCCUAA